AUGGCCAAUGCCUUUGAAGGGAAAGUUCCUGCCAUCACGACAGCUGCGGAGCUCUACCAGGCCUCGAGCAUGCCAAUGCUGUCGAUGCUUCAACUUCGAUCGGGGGCAGCUGAGGGAAAGCGCCAGACGCUUGCAAAGGAGCUGCUCCGCUGGGCUCAGGAUGCAGGAGUCUCCCAAAUUCUGAUCCUGGCACCGUGUUCUGCACAUGUAAAGCGCGACGCAGACCUCAGGGCAGCGUCGCAACUGCGCGUGCUGGCCUCUCCGGCGUCCGACCUUCCCGCACAGCUUCUACCGCUGGGGCAUGAGAUGAGUGAGGUGGAGCUGGCUGGCUUGCCCGGGAGCGCGGCUGCCGCACGGGCGCUUCUGAGAGGCAGUGGGCUGGCUCGACCGCUCAUCGAGGCGGCGGCAGAGCCGCACUCCCCGAGCUUCUCUCCGCCAAGCCGCGUAGCCCCGAGUGUUUGCUGCAUUUGCGGCUUCACCAACGAAACCUUGGACUGGCGUCUCCCAGAAGAGAUGGUGAAAGCUGUCUGCGGCUAUCUUGGCCCUCGCCUGGGGAUGGACUGUGCUCGGCCGCUGCUGCCGCCGCCGUCCUGGCAGCUUGCACAGAAGGUGCAGAUGCAGCCGCCCAUGGAGAAUCUGCAGCUGUGGUGA